GGCCAGAAUCCAAACAUGGUGACACCUGCUCAGUUUGUCGUCAUUCUGACAUGUUUGCUUUCAGGGAACACUGCACAGAGCAUUUCUCUGGGAUCAUCUUCAUCUGUUCUUCAAGAAAGUGUUUUUAAAUCAGCUCACAUUGGAGAAACUGUGACUUUACCAUGUUUCUAUAAAGAAUUUUAUUUAAAAUAUGUCUCAUGGUACAUAUAUAUUCUGGGGAAAAAACCAAAACAGUUAUCUUAUUUACGUAAAUAUGACAAAAAUGUAACUCUUAGCGAUGAAUUCAAGAACAGGUUUACUUUAAAACCAGGAAACCAAAGUAGUCAUUUGAUAAUUUCAGACCUGAAACAAUUGGACUCAGCUACUUACUUCUGUAUAGCUGGUUAUCAAACACACCUGACUUUCACAGCAGCUUUUACAGUUGAUGUAAAAGGUUCAGGUUUAACCAUCCAGACUUCAGUGGAUCAGUCGUCCUCUGAGAACAUCCAUGCAGGAGACUCUGUGACUCUGAACUGUACAGUACACACUGGGAGCUGUGAUGAAGAACACAGAGUUUACUGGUUCAAAGACUCUGAAGACUCUCAUCCAGGACUCAUUUACACUCAUGGAGGCAGGAAAGAUCAGUGUGAGAGAAAGAACACAAAAACACACAGCUGUUUCUACAAGCUGUACACGAAGAACCUGAAUCGAACUCAUGCUGGGAUCUACUACUGUGCUGUUGUCUCAUGUGGACACAUACUAUUUGGAAAUGGAACCAAGCUGGACCUCACAGGUCAGCCGAACUCUUUGUUGGUGUAUUUCUUAACUGGAUCUUUGACCUUCAUGAGCAUCGUUGUUAUUUUUCUUGUUUACAAGAUUACAAAAGAUAUUUGCUGCCAGUCUAAAGGUAAAGAAACUAUGACUCUUACUUUUUCUCACUGUUCUCUGAAAAUGCUUUUAAACACUUUGUCUGUUAAACCAGAUCAAAUAUCAGCAGCUGGCUCUACACCACAAACAGAGAUUGAGAGCGAAGACACAGAAAGUCUUCAUUACGCUGCUAUCAAUGUUAAGAGGUCCAACAAAUCAAGAAGACAGAACGGCUCCAUCACAGACUGUAUUUAUGCGAGUGUGACACAGCAGAACUGAAUCUGUUUUACAUCAACGUUAUUUCCUACAAAUCGUUUAUCUACUUUUUGUAUGCUUUUCUUUUUUUUUUUUUUUUUGCUUUACUUGUUUUCUAGGAAUUAUCUCUGCAAUAUUUGUUUAUGCAAAAUAAAUAGAUGGAUGUUCUACUGUAAUGACUUCGUAAAAAGUAAAAUUCUGAAAACACUUUUUUGAAACUUGUUUAAUUUUUUUUUUUUUUUUAAUAAAACUUGUUUACAGUACAA